AUGCCACUUGGUCGAGCAACCAGCCGGCGGGUACCGACUAACGAGAACGAUGAGAACAGCGUUGCUGCUACAACCCGUCUGACAAGAUCCAAGUCGAUGGCUUCAACGGGUGAUGAAGGGGCCCUUGCAUCCAAGAAACCACUUCAGUCCAAGAAAGCCGCCGUGAAUACACAACCAUUACGCAAGCGUGCUGCAUUAGGAGAUGUGAGCAACGUGACAAAGGGCGAUGCUCAAGAGGGUAAAAAGGCGUUGGGCAAAGUGGCAGUUGCUGCAAAGCAGCCCACCGGAGUGACAAAGUUGUCGCGGACCAACUCGUCAAGGCCAGCCCUCGGAUCCAAGGACGGAAACAAGAAGGCAGCAGAGCUGAAGCGCCCUGGUUCUGGUCUUCUACCUUCUACCAAGAGAAAGUCAUCGUCAACAACAUCAAGUACCACUGUCAAAGCGGAGACACCAGUCGAGGAUGAACAGCCAUCAAGGAAGAAGAUUCACAUUGAAGUCAAGAAGGAGGUCAAAGUAGAGGUAGCAAAGGAGGAGUCAGUUGACCCGGAAACCGAGCUUGCUAUCGAGGAUGAGAAGUCCACAGCAACAAAGUUCGCCGAGGGCGUUGAAGAUUUGGAUAAAGAGGACAUGGACGACCCAUUGAUGGUUGCCGAAUACGUUGUGGAAAUCUUCGACUACUUAAAAGAGCUUGAACUUUCCACCCUACCUAACGCGGAUUACAUGGAACACCAGGAGGAUUUGGAGUGGAAGAUGAGAGGUAUACUUGUCGACUGGCUCAUCGAAGUUCACACGCGUUUCCACCUCCUCCCCGAAACACUUUUCCUCGCCGUCAACAUCAUCGACCGUUUCCUCUCAGCGAAAGCCGUUCAGCUUGAUCGUCUCCAGCUCGUUGGUGUAACUGCCAUGUUCAUCGCGUCCAAAUACGAAGAGGUUCUCUCCCCUCACGUCGCCAACUUCAAACACGUCGCGGAUGAUGGAUUCUCGGAGCAGGAGAUCUUGAGUGCCGAAAGGUACGUGUUGACAACUCUCAACUACGAUCUCAGCUAUCCAAACCCAAUGAACUUCCUUCGCCGAAUCUCCAAGGCCGACAAUUACGAUAUUCAAACACGAACUCUGGGUAAAUACCUUAUGGAAAUUAGUCUUCUAGAUCACCGUUUCAUGCAUUAUCUUCCAAGCCAUGUCGCUGCUGCGUCCAUGUACUUGGCCCGUAUGAUACUCGAGCGUGGAGAAUGGGAUGCUACUCUUACUCACUACUCUGGAUACAAUGAGGAAGAGAUUGAGCCAGUCUUCAGACUUAUGGUUGACUACCUGGCCCGACCUGUUUCUCAUGAAGCAUUCUUCAAGAAAUAUGCAAGCAAAAAGUUCCUCAAGGCCUCAAUCCUGACGAGAUCAUGGGCCAAGCGACAUGCUGCUGAACUUGACAUCGACGCUUCCGAGCCACUCGAAGUUGCCGCACGAUAA